AUGAUGCUGUGUAGCUCCGCCAAGCGCCUUCAUGGCGGCCCUGGGGCGUCCCAGCCGAGGAGGCUCGGAGCACUCGCCCUCGGGGCUCUUCUCAUCACCUUAUCGCAUGCCGACCUCUUUGCGGUGCUGUGCAGCCCGCGAAGAACUUCAGGAAGUCUGGUGGCUAGGCGUGCGGCCGAACCAACCUACAAAAACCCCGUUGACUACCGGUACGAUAUGGCAGAUCAGCAGGAUGACACACAGUCCCUGACUCGUGACGUGGUGGUCAACGACAUUCGAGAUCUGAACGAGCUCUUGAAGCUGCGAGACCCUAUUUGCCCAGAUGAGGAAAACGUCCUUCUGAUGGCCCUUACGCUGGACAACGGCACUCGCAUUGAACGGCCCACGGCGCAGGACUUGCGAAUGCUCAAGCCGACGAAGCUACGCCCCGUGGUCUUCCACUGGAGGGAUGCGAGCAAAGAUCAGACAAACGCUCCGAAAGAAUACGACGAGAUCAUUCAGAGACUGCUGACUGCAGGGCCACAGGACUUCGAGGAGUUGGUUCGCGCCAACUGGAAGAUGUUCGAUCGAGGUUUCUACUUCCGGCUGUACAAUCUGCGGGAAGACUGCGAAGACCCGCAGCUGAAGCAGAAAAUGGAGAACUUGGAGAAGUACACUCUUGAGCUGAUCCAAAAAGCGCAAGAGCAGACCCGAAAGAAGUUGCCCGAGCAGGAUGCAGACGCCCAGGCCAUCCUGACCACAAUGCUAGAGGAGGAUGGACAGACGCUUCUUUGGCCACCUCCACCAGAGGCCUAUGCACGCUUGGCUGAGGAGAUCAGCAAGAGAGCGACAAGGUCCAAGUACGAGGAUGGCUGGUUCGAGUCGGUCACGACCGUCUGCGAGAACUUCGGUGCAAAGAUGCAGGCAAGACAAGAGAUGCAGAUGCUGGGCAUGUCGCAGAUCGUCAUGCAGCGGCUGGUCACCGAGUGGCUCCGACACGACAGCAUAUGGGAGGAGACUGCUGAAGGCAGAUUCCUUUUUCGGCUGAUGAGCAUCGCGCACGAGCAAUGGGAAACUCAGUUCAUGUACGAGAAGGACCCGGUGGACCCUAUGAAGAUGCGAGAGGAGAUCAAGAUCAUCAGCGAGACCAAGGUGAUCCGCUUGCCCAUGGGCUCCAAGCUGCAAAUCUACGCGGCCAAGUACCUCCAGGGCCUUCUAGAGUUCAUCGACAAGACGAUCGACAAGAAGGGCGAGGUCGUGGAUGUCCAGGCCGAGUCAGACAUGCUCGUUGUAGCGGGUAGCCGAGAGAAGCGGCGGCUACAGAGCCAAGCGAAGGGAGUGAAACAUCAAAACCCACCGCAAGGUGCCGCAAGGCGUCAAUGUUUCAGGUGUUUUCAGAGCUAUCGUCUCCCUCUGGCUUUCAAGGCUACCGCCAUGCUGAUUGUUCAGUUGUCACUGGACUUUCUUGGCGCACUUCCAGUGUUAGCCACACUUGGUCUCAUGGUAUCUCAUGGUGUUAGCAUAGCUCAGAAAUGCGGGACCGUUCCUUCAAUGAUCAGGCCAGCUGAGAGUCAGUUUCGCUGA